CAAGUACAUCUCAAAGUGCAGCUGAUGUUGCGAUGGGAGACAAACUCAAAAGAGACCUCCAGAACUUGCAAAGGAAAAAAGCAGCACCUGUAACCUCUACUCCGAUGUCAGACGAUUCAGAUAACACUGACAUUGACCUGUUUGAAAAUACAGAGCAGAGACCAUCAAGGAAAAGGGCUGCACUGGACAGUGACAACGAACAAGAAGAUAAUGCAAGUAAGGAAUUUGAGAACAGUCUUUUUCAGAGGACAUCUCCCCAGAACACUCCUGUCAUGCUUGAUGAUGAUGUUGUCAAAGCUUUGAAAGAGCUUCCUGGGAUAGUAUCAUCUCUCAAAGAUUUCCUAGAGUCCAUGAAAAGAGGCUCACACAGCUCAAGCUCAAGUUCCAGUGAGCUGUCUCAUGCUGAAUCCUCAGAAAUGAUUUCACUUGCUGAUUCGGAUGUGAAAUUCCCCAAGAGGAUGUAUGACAGACUGAAUAAGUCACGAGUUUCUCUUUUUACACAAGAACUGGCCACUCUAAUUUUUGGAAAAGAGAAACUAGCAAGAUGUACUCUUACAGGGAAAUCGGGGAUUCAGCCCUCGAAAGAACAAUUGGACCCUCACAAGGUCACUGUUCUCAUAGACACUGUGAUCAAAGAGUUCCCGAAUACGACAGUGUAUGAAGUGCGGGCCCUCAUUCGGAGGAAAUGCAACAACGAGUCAACCUCAAAAAACAGUCACUCUCCACUGGAAGGAUGAAGAUAGUGAUGUUCGAAUUGUUACAGUUCUUGGUUAACUGUUUGUGGCUAUUGCUAGUUUGUUAAAAAUGCAUUUUAUUGACUUCUGUGGUUUCAUAUUGGGUUCAACUGUUUGAUACCAUUGCUAUUUUGCUAAAAAUGCACUUUAUUGAUUUGUUUUUAUUAUUAUUAUUAUUUUUUUUUUUUUUGUGUGUGUGUUAAAUGUAGCUCUACAGAUCACUGAUCUUUAUGUUAUGUGAACAUAUUUUGGCUAAAGACUAUGUAAAAAAUGUACAAAAUUAAAAUAAA